AAAUGGCAUGGGACUGUGUGGAGCGGCGUGCGGCGUCGCUGUUCCGACAGCUCGGAUUCCUGAUCUGUGACCAUCCGCUUCCAUUUUUCGUCUUCCCGCUACUCUUCACCGCCGCAAUGGGAGUCGGACUUCUCCACCUGAAUCCACUCUCCGACGCCGUUUACCUCUUCACACCACUCGGCGCUCAGAGCAAGAUGGAACGAAUGUCGAUUCAUGAGAAAUGGCCACUCACCGACAAUAAUUAUAUUCCGGGACGAGCUGUGACGCAAAGUCGAGAAAUUCAAGUCACAGCGCUUGCUCGCAACGAUUCGAAUAUUCUUGAUCCAAAAUUUGCGAACGCAGUCUAUCAACUCGACAAAUAUAUUCAAACAAGAGUUCGUGUCCUUCACAAUGGCCACUAUUACAGCUACAAAAACCUGUGCCUACAGUAUAAAAAUGGCGGUUGCCCUUCUAACAAGCAUGUACAUAUUCUUUCCGACCUACACAAUCAUGGCUUCAAUAUUACUUACCCCUAUUUUCGAUUCGGAUCAGAAGGAGGAUAUAUCGGAAGCAGUCUCGGAGGCGUCACUGUAAUGAAAGGAGAAAAUGAGACAGAUAUCCUUGCAUCAGCGAAAGCCUGGUUCAUGAUCUAUCAUCUGAAGUUUCACCCAGAAGAAAUGAGCUAUAUUUCGGGAGAAUGGGAGCUAGAACUCGGCAGAAUGCUCACCCAGUAUCCAGAAGAUCCAUACAUCUCUAUCACCUACUUCCACUCUCAAACUCUAGCAGAUGAGCUUAAGAGAAAUGCGGAUACACUGAUUCCUCGCUUCAUAAUCUCCAUCACCCUUCUCAUCGUUUUCUCAACACUUUGCUCGCUGAGCUUCAUCGACGGAUCGUUCUCAAUCGAUUGGGUUCUCUCUAAACCGAUUCUUUCCAUUCUCGGAGUGGUCAGUGCUGGAAUCGCUAUUCUCACUGGCGUCGGAUUCUUGUCAUUGAUGGGAAUGCCAUACAAUGACAUUGUUGGUGUCAUGCCAUUCCUCGUGCUCGCUGUUGGAGUUGAUAAUAUGUUUUUGAUGGUAGCAGCUGUGAGACGAACGUCUAGAACGCAUACAGUGCACGAACGAAUGGGAGAAUGUUUGGCAGAUGCUGCAGUUUCGAUUCUUAUCACGUCUAGCACAGAUGUUCUUUCCUUUGGAGUCGGCGCCAUCACAACUAUUCCAGCCGUUCAAAUAUUCUGUGUAUACACUGGAGUCGCAAUUUUCUUUGCAUUUAUAUAUCAGAUCACAUUCUUUGCCGCAUGCCUAGCACUGGCUAUGAAACACGAAGCAUCCGGCCGAAAUUCCCUCUUUCUCAUCGAAGCUGUAUCUGCCGAAAAGAAGACAUCCCUGAGCACAUUCCAACGAUUAUUCAAUCUCGGAAGUGUGCCCGAUCAUUCUGCAUCACACGAUGUCAAACAACCACUGACCUCUCGUUUCUUCGGAGAAUGGUAUGCUCCAGUUCUGAUGCAUCCUGUGGUUCGUGGAAUUGCAAUGGUUUGGUUUGUGAUCUAUCUGCUCGGCGCCAGCUAUGGAUGCUCUCGUAUCAAGGAAGGAUUGGAGCCAGUUAAUUUAUUGGUUGAGGACUCGUAUGCUAUUCCACAUUAUCGACUUUUAGAGAAAUAUUUUUGGAAAUACGGACAACAAGUGCAAAUUGUGAUAAAUAAUGCUCCCGAUCUUAGAAAUCAUACAUCUCGUGAUCGAGUUCAUGCAAUGGUGCUUGACUUUGCGACAAGUAAGCAUGCGAUUGGAAUGGAAUCUGUGCAGUUUUGGUUAUUCGAAAUGGAGAGAUAUUAUCAAAAAGAGUUGGAAGUUCAAAUUAUUGAUUCCUCAUUUUAUGGCCUUCUUCACCAUUUCCUAGCUUCCAAAACCAAUAAUCCAUUGGCAGAGGAUAUCUACUGGGGACCAAUGCCUGAUGAUGAUAAUGGAACGAUGGUCAAAAGCUUCCGGUUUAUUCUAGGAAUGAAGGAUUUAGUGACAACAAUGGACCAAACCGACGCUACAAUGUCAUUUAGAGAGGUCGCUGCUCGAUGGCCGGAGUUCAAUGUGACCACUUUUAUGCCAAUAUGGAUGUUCACUGAUCAGUACAUUAUAAUUAUUCCGAACACUGUUCAAAACAUUAUUAUUGCACUUUUGGUGAUGAUCGUCAUUGCCGUUCUCUUCAUUCCACAGCCAAUGUGCUCACUUUGGGUGGCUCUCGCUUGUGCUUCCAUCGAUUUUGGAGUGAUUGGAUACAUGACGCUAUGGGGAGUGAAUCUGGAUGCUAUAUCAAUGAUCACAAUUAUCAUGUCAAUUGGGUUCUCCGUCGAUUAUUCUGCACACAUUGCAUAUGGCUAUGUCGUAUCCAGAGAAGAUACAGCAGCUGGUAGAGUGAAAGAAGCACUAUCAGCUCUUGGAUGGCCACUGUCUCAGGGAGCUAUGUCUACAAUUAUCGCGGUUUCAGUUCUUGCCGAUAUUCCAGCAUAUAUGAUAGUUACUUUUUUCAAAACGGUCGUUCUCUCAAUUUCUCUCGGUCUUCUCCAUGGUCUUGUUUUCCUUCCAGUAUUGCUCUCAAUAUUCGUACGUGGAUGUUGCAUAAUCCCUAGCUCACCGCAUGGUCAUCCCAGCGCUCAAAAAAUCGAAAAGCAAAUCAGGAUCGCCGCUAUCUCGUCUAGUCCACUCGAUUUGCGAACCGUUGCUCCGCUCCGCGCCUCGUCACCAAUCAGCUUCCCGCAUAGGCUUGAGUACACCGAUGAAUCUCCAACUGUACACAACAGAUCAAAGAAUUCUAUUAAAUCCGAGCACCUAGACUAGUCUUUCUUCCAAUGACUCUCAUUAACUAAUUGAAUACGUGUAUUUGUAGAAUAUUGUGAAUGUUCUACGUUGUUUUUAAAUAUAUGUGAAUGAAUAUCUUAAUUG